AUGGUGAAGAUUUCGAGUAUCCUUGCUGCAGCAGCUGCCGCCACCUUGAUUCUCACAACCUCAGCCAACGCUGUCACCAAUGACUUUCCUGUUCUAGGUGGAGACUCUAACGCAGCACGGCACUAUCGCUUUCUACGUGCUGUCGUAGCUACCAGCUCCAGCAACGUGUCCAGUCUCAUUGAUGGCAGUCUGGACAACAGCGAUGAAGAAGACGCACUGCAUGGCAAGGGCAGUUUGGCUGGACAUACUUCUCCUUCAGAUGCUGGUCACGACAGUAAAUCUCCUUGCAAUCACGACGGACACAACAAUCCCAAGGAUGCCAAGUUGGAGAAUAACAAUAAGUCU